AUGGAUCAACCGCAACCCCAUUCAAAUACUAAAUUUAUGAAAAAAUUGUCAACUAUCAAAUGCUCUGUUCCUAUCUUAAUUGCAUUAUCAAUUUUAUCAGUCAUCUUUGCCUUUUUAGGCUAUUUUAAAAAUAACAAUUUUGAAUUUCUUAUUUUAGCAAUCUUUGAUGUAAAUAUACUAAUUAUCAUAUUUAGAUCGCUCUUCUUUUCAUUUUGAUUAUUACAUUAUACUUUGUAUUCACACUACAAUUAGAUGAAGAUGGUAAUCCUGAAGAGAAUAAUACAACAUACAUCUUACAAUUUGGAUUGUAAAGCAUAAGUGCUAUCACACUUGGAAUCAUUAUAACAAUCAUACAAUAUAAAACUCAUUUGACAAAUUUAUGGUUUAUUGGUCUUUAAGUAAUAAAGUUGAUAUUCUUACUCUACAUUAUCAAUAAAACAAAAUAAUUUAGUAAAACAUAAAAUGGAAUUCACAGAUUCACUUUAGCUUUCACAGCUUUAUUGAAUAUUUUAUUUUUGUUGUUUGCAGCAACUAAUUUCAAAUUCGUAAAAUAAUCUUUUUAUAUAAUAGUUAGUCUAUUUAAUAAACAAUCAAGUCUUUUAACUAGAUCAAAAUAACACAAUCAUUUUGUUUAUGCAAUAUGGAUUAUUUGCUUUAUUAAUGGCUACACUCUUAAUAAGUGUAAUUUUAAUUUUUAGAGUCUAAAACUAUUUCUUGAUUGUAGCCUUUUUAGUAGUUACAGCUUUGAUGAUUGCAGCCACAGCUAAUGGAAUGAUGAUAAGGUAAUAUUCAAUACUAUAAAAUGACAUUUCUACACAAAAAGGUUGUAGAUAUGCGCUACAAAGUCUUGGAGUUUAGACAGUUAAAUAAUUUUUAAAAUGUUCAGAAAAAUACAUAAAUUAAAAAUAAUCGCCCUAUUUACCAUGUUCUUAAGAAAAUCAAUCCUAUAUGUGGGAAUCUAACAUGGAUUAAAUAGCAUGCAUUAAUUUGGAUUGUUGUGACUCACUUAAGGAUUUUAUUAAUAAACCUUUAUAUCAUUUGACUGUUUGGAUUAACAUUAUUGUGGCUAUUGGAAUUAUUUAAGCAUUUAAUACAGCUAUGUUAUCUAAAUUUGAUCUUGGUAAUAAAGAAUAAAAUGUGAUCACAGAUUUAUUAAUGUUAUUACUAUUUUUUGGAUUAUUCUUUGGAAUUAUUGCUGUUUAUAAUUCUAUAUCACCUUAACAAUUAUAAUUAUAGGAUUAAGUUGUAGAGUAAUUAUUUUAUUAAUUUUUCAUAUAGAAAACCUUUACUUUUAAAUUAAUUAACAGUUCUUGAUGUACCAACAUAUAAAUAUUUCAAACCAUAAAAAUCUUUUGGAUCUUAAAUGUCAAGUACAGACAUUUGUGAGCUGGCCACUAACUUAAUGUUAACAAAAGUUAAUUUCUAACCUAAAAAUAAUUUUAAAAAGCCUGGGUAGAAUUAUUUUUUUAUUCUAGAAUACUUCUUGGUAUUUUAGGCCAAGGAGGAUCAUUUUUAAUUAACAAUGAAAUUAAUCUAAGUGAUUUAAAAAUUUUAACAACUGAAGAAUUGAUAAAAAAGGCAUUUCCUAAAGCUAAUAAACCAGAAUAAGAUGCUAUAAUUGUAGAAGGUUCUCUAGCUUCUGUUAGUCAUUUUUUAGGUUCAUGCUUAUAAUUUUGUUCUGAUGAACCUGAAACAGCUGAUUUCACUAUACUAUAAGAAUUUUAUGAAAUGGAAAAUGAUAAAAAAAAUAGAGUCCUAAGCAUAGAUCCUUAACUUUAAAAAUAAUUUAGCAAAAUUGUACCUUAUUUGAAAAUCACUGCAAAUGUUCAGAAUAGUGAAGAUUUUUCAGCAAUUUCAGAUGCUGAAGGAAAAUUAUUCUAUGGAAAGUUUGUCUAUACAACUUGUUAAAUUAUGGAAUAAGUAGAAUCGCCAUUUUUAUCAUUCAAAUCUGAUGUAGAUGGAUUGCUCAAUUUUUAUAAAGUUGCUACUAAAUAAGUUUAUACUUUAUUAGUCUAGAAAUAAGGUUAUAAAAAUGCUUGUGCACUUGUUGAUUUAACUUAAUUAUCACCAAAAACUUAAAUUUAUGUAAGAAUGGUUAAGGAGGUGAAAAAACAUUCAAUGAAGAUUACUUUAGAAUGGACAUCUAAAAAUUUAAAUUUAGAUUUGUAUGGUCAAUUCAAAGGAGAAAAUUUUGUUUGUUUAACUGGAUCUAUUUCUAAAUCUUGUGGAGGUAUGAGUUUAUAAAGUAAAAAUGAAAAGGAUUAACAUAUUGAAAUUUUAACUAUUGAAUAAAUAUAACCUUUUACUUAUUUAAUCUUUAUUAAGAGAUUUAUGGAGAGAACAUAAGCUUUGGAUGAAAGAGUAGUAAAUGUAUAAGAUUGGAUAGAAUCUAAUCCAGUUGUAACAAUAUAUGUUUAUGAAUUAGAUUAUCCACUUGUACAAUAUAGGUUGCCUUCAAGUAAAUAUAAAUAUAAUUCAUAAUAGUACCAAUGUCUUUUAGGGACAAAAUUGACUUUACUUGGUUAGUUUUUUAAUUUGAUGGAUAAGUUGGUGAUGGUCCAAUUGAACUUAAAACUUAUUGGUCAGAAAUAUCAAACGAGAGUAUAAAGAAUAGCAAAUCUUAUAAAAAUAAAUUUUGGCCUUCUCCUGUUAUGAUAGAAAACAAAUGA